UUGUAGGUAAUUUAAGUGAUUUUCUAGCAUGGACACUGUUGCUAGCCAUAGUUGUCAUCUUCUCCAGCAGCUACAUGAACAGCGCAUUCAGGGUCUUCUCUGUGACUGCAUGCUGGUGGUGAAAGGUGUCUGCUUCAAAGCUCACAAAAAUGUAUUAGCUGCUUUCAGUCAAUAUUUCAGGACCCUUUUCCAGAAUUCUUCAGGCCAGAAGAAUGAUGUCUUUCACUUGGACAUUAAAAAUGUAGGUGGCAUAGGCCAAAUCUUGGACUUCAUGUACACCUCUCACCUGGACCUUAGCCAGGACAAUGUACAAGCUAUGUUGGAUAUUGCACAGUGUCUGCAAGUGCAAAAUGUGCUGAACAUAUGCCACACCUUUUUAAAAUCUUCUACAGCUGUAGAGCAAACAGCCAGCAUGCCUUGUAAUAGUGUAUUUUCACUGCAGAAUACUUUGACUGCAGAUACUAGCUGUGCCAGUGAUGGUUACGGAACAAACCUUUUACAUGAAUGCUCAUCUGACACACAGGCUAAUAAAGUCUUGACUGACCACCAUUCUCAAGCAUCGCAGUCUGUUAAUCUUCACGCACCCUCAGGUGAUGGACAGAAACAACCACAAGACUCCUUAGAUGGAAACUGCACAGAACUUCCAUUUAAACAACCAAAUUACUAUUAUAAACUACGCAACUUUUACAGUAAACAGUUCUAUAAGCAAAAUGCUUCCUCUAAUCAUGAGAGAGGAGCAGAACAAUCCUUUUCUUACAACACAUCUACAGAAAUAAACACAGUGGAGAAUAGUUCUUGUACUGUCAACCCCUCCGAGUGUGUUCUGGAGACCUCGGAUCAUUUACCAUCAAACUUUCUGGCUCAGUCCUUGAAUGAAGCUGCUCCAGAGCAAGAUGCAGAAAGCACACUUGUGCAGCCGACCAAACAGAUGAGAUUGAAAAAGGCAAUACACCUCAAAAAGUUAAAUUUUCUAAGAUCUCAGAAAUCUACAGAGCAGCCACCUGAGCCUAAAAGAGAUGACAGUAGAGUAACAGGAGUAAUUGAAUCUAUAAAUGAAAGUACCAUGGACAUGACAAGUAUAAGAGUUACUGAUGAAAAAGAAGCUGAAGAUUUAGCAAAUUCUGAGAAUUUUGACCAAACUGUUGAAGUUGAAAGAUCUCAAGGUCCUUUGGAACAAGAAGGACAAUCACAGACUCUUCAGUCACAGAGGCAAUAUACUUGUGAAUUAUGUGGGAAGGCUUUCAAACAUCCAAGCAAUUUGGAGCUCCAUAAAAGGUCUCAUACAGGUGAGAAACCUUUUGAAUGUAACAUUUGUGGGAAACACUUCUCACAGGCAGGUAAUCUCCAGACACAUUUACGUCGACAUUCUGGUGAGAAGCCAUAUAUUUGUGAAAUCUGUGGGAAAAGAUUUGCUGCUUCUGGUGAUGUUCAGCGUCAUAUUAUUAUUCAUUCUGGAGAAAAGCCUCAUCUGUGUGAUAUCUGUGGCAGAGGAUUCAGUAACUUCAGUAAUUUAAAGGAGCACAAAAAGACCCAUACAGCAGAUAAAGUAUUCACCUGUGAUGAAUGUGGGAAGUCAUUCAACAUGCAACGAAAAUUAGUAAAGCACAGAAUUAGGCAUACUGGAGAGAGACCAUACAGCUGUUCAGCAUGUGGGAAAUGUUUUGCAGGCUCUGGUGACCUGCGUAGACACGUGAGGACUCACACAGGAGAAAAGCCCUAUACCUGUGAAACCUGUAACAAGUGCUUCACGCGCUCUGCUGUUCUGCGGCGGCACAAGAAGAUGCAUUGUAAAGCCACUGACGAGGGUCCAAACGCACUAGAUGAAUUUACUCAAGGGAUUGAAACGUCUGACCUUGACAAGUCUCAAAGCUCCGACUCUUUUGGCCAAGAAAUGUCUGUUACAUUAUUACCAGUGUCUGUUAAAUUUCCCAUUCGUCCAGCUGCAAAUUCAACUGAAUUCGAUAGUUCUGUGGAUUCUUACUGUAAGCUGCGAUCGAUGAUUCCACACCAUGACUCAGCAAACCAGCAGAAACUGAAUGUGGAUUCUGCUAAACUCCCAAAGGCUCAGCCACAGCAAACUCCACCACCACCAUAUAGUUACACAGAUGUAGAUGUAUCUUCUGCAGAAGAACCCUUACAGUCUGAUAAUAUUCCCAUGAUUCGUUCCUCUAUGGUUAGCUUGGACAGUCAUUGUAAUGACCCACUAGGCAGUCGAACACCACCUGCUGUGUACAAGAAUAAUGAAGGACCAUUUUUCUCCAGCAUGACCCUCUGGGGUUUAGCUAUGAAGACGUUGCAGAAUGAAAGUGAACUGGAACAAUGA